CAACGUCAUUAUUUAGCAUUGUCAGAAUUUCUAAUUGUCAAAUAAGAUCAAGAUGUCGGGUUCAGACAGUGAUUCGAGUUCACCAAACAUGGCUUUAGAUAUGGAAUGUGAAUUCUUUUCAGAAGAUGGACACUCAACCGAGGAGGAAGUUGACAGCAACACCCAAGUAGACCCCUACAUGUUUGAACCAGUAACAGAUGAAAGUGACAGUGAGGGAACCCCGGAGAAUCCUGGUUUAGGGUAUAUGGAUAACAGGCGCACAGAAAACACUGAAUGGUGCAAGUGUGGACAGUGUAUUGCACACCCAACUGCAGAAGAGUGUAGCUGCUGUCAGGAGAACCCUACAAUUGAGGCCAAGAUUAAAGAAGUGGAGAGAGAAGGCCUGCCACCAGUAAACUGCAUCACUCAACACCCUGGCUUUGCUGGGGUGUGCUGUAACAGAUGGGUGCUGCAGACAGCAUACUUCCAGUACAGAUCUCCAGUACAGCAGUAUGGAGAGGUAGAUGUGGCUGAUCAAGCUGUCAACAGGUAA